AUGGCUUGGAAGCGAACAGCCGGCCUGGUGAUCGAAACACUCGCUCACCAGGCCGGUCAUUACCGUCUCCCUGGAUGGGGAUCCCGAGACAGGAGAAAUCAAUAUUCUGAGAUUUUCAGACGGCCCAGCGGUACCCUCACUGGUGCUCAUGCACCUAGACUGUUGCCUUCAAUGCAUAGCUCUCCUGAUCUCUUCAAUGAGAAGUCCACCGGUACUUCUGUAUGUAAGCAUCAAUUGUGUCGGCUACCGCCUGCAAUGUGUAGAUAUUUACCCCACCUCCCUAAAUCACUGGUGAAUGAAACUGGCAGCUGUAGCGACUAUGGCACGUAUGCGGUUUUUACAGUGGAUGUUGGUGAGACCGUUUCCAACCAUGCACAGAAGGAGGAUCAAGCAGACCCGUACAGGAAGAGAUCGCCGACGGGACCGUUCGGUUGCCUGAGAAGAGUUGACAAGCAGUGUUACGACCCGCCGUUAAUUGACGGCGGUAUGGUAUACUUGGAUUCGGGACUGGUUCGUUGGUUGGCAACACGCCGUCAAGCGAUUUCUGCUGUUCCGGAAAUCGGUACCUCAAAGGAACGGUCUGCGAUCAGCACAUUUCUGGAGUGGACACACUCGAUUGUCCAUCCGUCACGAAUUCGACCCGAGAUGACCAAUAAUUGGGCCUCAGAAGCGCUUAGUCUACCUGACUGGGUGUUCAUGUAA